AAAAAUACAAUAAAUCGCCCCCAGCGGCCUUCUGCGAGUAGUCGACUCCUUCGAAUCUAACAGAGGAGCAGCAAACAAUGUGCGAGGAUCGAGAAGACGACUCAUCAGCGACGUUCACCUCGUUGCCCAGCUUCGGCCGACCGCCAAAGCUCUACUCUAUUCCGCACACAGUCUCCCCACAACACUCCACAUCAGAAACAGAAGAAGAUGCCACCAACGACGACUUCGAGUUCUCCUUAAUGAUUAGUGACGCCGAAACUCACCCCCCGAUCACCGCUGAUGAAAUUUUCUCCGAUGGUCACAUCCGCCCAAUCUACCCCGCCAUAGCCAAAACCCCCUGCGCCUUCAAGGAAAAACCGAGGCGGCCGCAACUGAUCCAGCUUCUGAUGGAAGAGUCCAAUUGGUCGAUAUCGGAAGCUUCUUCUUCUUUCGUUGAUGAAUUGGAAGGGGUCACGCCGGGAACUUACUGCUUAUGGCCGCAAGAUCGUUCUCAGGGCUCGUUCCAUAAAUGUUGCAGCACUCAAUCGUUGUUCCGUUGGUGGAUUCGAGAUCCGGGAUUUCGCCGGAGUAAUAGCGAUGGGAGGAAGAUCGUGUUUCUUGCUGCAGAAGAGAGGAAGAGAUCGACGGAGAAGGUUGAUGCGGAUGGAGGUAAGAAAAAGGGGAAGGGUGGCGAGAAGAAGGGGAAGGAUAUGGGUAUGAUAACUGCUCAUCAAUUGUACUACGGCAAGACUGAUCGUGCAGGGAGCCGGAAGUCGUACCUGCCUUACAAAACAGAGAUUGGCGUUUUCUUUCAGAGUGCUGGUUAAAGGUUGGCCUACCAUCAUUCAUGCAAUCAUGCUACGAACAUAAAUGGAAAUUUGUAGAACGAAAAAAAUAAAAACCAUAU